AUGCCACGAUCCUUCCUAGUGAAGAGUAAGAAGGCACACACCUACCACCAGCCCCGUGCACAGGAUGAUGACCUGGUCUGGCCUCCUGUCGUAAUACCUGUGGUGAAAGAGCAUUUCCUGAGUAGCAGCCCUGUCCUUGGCACACUACUCCCAAGCCAAAGUCUGGACUGGAACACAGUCAAACAGGAGCGAGAGAUGCUGCUGGACCAGAGCCUGCCCAAGAUGGCCUCAGCCCCAGAGGGGCCUCUUGUGACAUCCCAAGCCCAGGAUGGGGAGUCGCCGGUCUCCGAGUCACCCCCUUUCUACAAGCCUAGCUUCUCUUGGGAUACCCUGGCCUCCUCCUACAAUCAUAGCUACCAACAGACCCCCUCCACCAUGCAGUCCGCUUUUCUGGAGCGUUCCGUGAGGCUGUACGGCAGCCCCCUCGUGCCCAGCACCGAGUCCCCCUUGGACUUCAGCCUUCGCUACUCUCCGGGCAUGGACACUUACCACUGUGUCAAGUGCAACAAGGUGUUCUCCACCCCUCAUGGGCUAGAAGUGCACGUCCGCCGCUCUCACAGUGGAACCCGGCCCUUUGCCUGUGACAUCUGUGGCAAAACCUUUGGCCAUGCUGUGAGCUUAGAGCAGCACACGCAUGUCCAUUCCCAGGGUGUCCCAGCCGGGUCCAGUCCUGCGCCCAGCUUGGCUGUCCCGGGCCUCGAGGCCCCACCUGCACCUGACCCCCCAGGGCCUCGUUUCCUCCGGCAGGAGCGUAGCUUCGAGUGCCGGAUGUGUGGCAAAGCCUUCAAGCGCUCAUCUACCCUGUCUACCCACCUGCUCAUCCACUCGGACACUCGGCCUUAUCCCUGCCAGUUCUGUGGGAAGCGCUUCCACCAGAAGUCAGACAUGAAGAAACACACCUACAUCCACACGGGUGAGAAGCCCCACAAGUGUCAGGUGUGCGGGAAGGCCUUCAGCCAGAGCUCUAACCUCAUCACCCACAGCCGCAAGCACACAGGCUUCAAGCCCUUCAGUUGUGAGCUGUGCACCAAGGGCUUCCAGCGCAAGGUGGACCUGCGCCGUCACCGUGAGAGCCAACACAACCUCAAGUGA